AUGCAUUUGCUCACCGCACCUUCAGUUGCAGGCGGCUUUUCCUUUCUCGCCCAAUUUUCGAACACCGACGGCGGAUAUGAGAACCCCCUAAUAAACCUCUCCUGCAGCCUCCCUUCAAACAAGAGGAGGCCAGCUUCGCUUGGCGCUUUAAAAGUGUCGGUUUCAAAUGGCAGCAGCACGAGCUCAGUUGAUGGGCUCUAUCCAUCUCUACACAUUGACGAUCCUAGCCGUGCCCGGAGGCUUGCGGAUUGGAAAGCUGCAAGGGUGUACUUGGACAAGGGAGUCGUCUUUGCGGGAAAAGUUGAAGGAUAUAAUGCUGGUGGCUUGCUGAUAAGAUUUUACUGCCUUCUUGGUUUUCUUCCGGCCCGGGAGUUGUCCCCCUGUCGUAGAUGCAAAGAACCUCACAAGACCAACCAAGAGAUUGCAAGAUUUUUGGUGGGUUCUAUUAUUUCUGUGAAGAUCAGUGGACAAGGAUAUGAGAAAAGGGUAGUUUCCCAGGAUUUGGAGAUUUGGCUUUCAAAUGCACCACCUAAAGGAGAUCGAUUCACCCUUCUUGCUCGAGCGGGAAGACAGGUGCAAGAAAUACAACUAUCGUCAUCACUUGAUCAAGAUGGAAUUAAGAGGGCACUGCAGCGGGUGGUGGGACGCAGUCCAUGA